AUGGUAGAAGCUGAAAGAUUACAAUAUCACAGGUUCCACCAGAGCAAGUUUCGCUCCCAUCAAUUGCAAGGCCUACAUGAGUGCCUAAGUCAGGGUGAGACACAGGAUACAAAAACUGGGAAACGAGUUAUUCUGCCAUCUUCAUUUGUAUGCCGGUUACCUAGCUAUUUCAUUACUAUCACAUGUAACCCAGAUUGGAACGAGGUUAAAGAUUGCGUUGCAGACUAUUCAUUAAAGCCAAGUGACAGGCCUGAUAUCAUAUCAAGGGUUUUCAAGAUCAAGUUAGAUGCCUUGCUAAAAGACUUAAAGGAUGGGUCCAUAUUCGGAAAGCCCAAAGGAAUUGUGUACAUAGUUGAAUUCCAUAAGCGUGAUCUUCCCAACUGCCACAUUUUAUUAUUUAUUCAGUCAGCCGAGAAACCUAGAUCAUCCGAUGAUAUUGACCAUCAUAUAUCGGCCGUGAUACUCGAUGAACAUACCCAACAUAAGCUGUACAGGUUAGUCCAGAAAUUCAUGGUUCAUGGACCCUGUGGGGUUUUGAACACGAGUAGCCUAUGUAUGGUUAAUGGGAGGUGUUCCAAGUUUUAUCCAAUGCCAUUUCGUGAGAAAAUAGCCAUAGACAGUGUAGGUUUUCCCAUGUAUAAACGGUCGGAUAAUGGUCGUUCAACAAGCAAGAGGAAUGUUAACCUUGACAAUUGGUUUAUUGUCCUGUACAAUGCAACAUUGCUCCUUAAGUAUGGGUGUCACAUAAAUGUUGAGUAUACUUGCCAGACGUCUGCUAUUAAGUAUUUGUUCAAGUACGUCCACAAAGGUAAUGAUCGUGUCACAGCUUCGUUCUUCCGAUUGCAUGAUUCAGUUGGUUCUAAUGUCACUGUAGAUGAAAUCCAAAACUACUAUGAUUGUCGAUAUAUAUCUGCUUGUGAGGCAUCCUGGCGGCUAUUCGGGUUUGAGAUUCAGUUCAAAGAGCCUAACGUCAUCCGCCUUCCAUUCCACCUGCCAAAUGAACAAAAUGUUUUGUACGAAGAUCAUCAGCUUAUUGAGAAUGUUAUCGAGGCUGCAGUCUCAAAGGAUAGUAUGUUUAUUGGCUGGUUUAAGGCUAACAAGGAUUUUGAUCUUGCCCGGACACUAACUUACGCGGAGAUGUUGUCGUUUUUUGUUUGGGACAAGCAGGGGCACAUGUGGAGGCCACGGAAGCAAGGGAAUGUGAUUGGUCGUCUCACACAUAUUCCUCACUCGCAUGGAGAGGAGUACUGCCUUCGUUUGUUAUUGAAUUAUCAAAAAGGGUGCCAUACAUUUGCUGAUGUUCGUUCUGUUGAUGGCAUUGUGUAUGAUACAUUUAAAGAGGCCUGUUAUGCGCUAGGUUUCCAGUGUUCCGUUCACGAGAUUAAGUCCAUCACGCUUGCCAAAAUUAAAAAACUUUUGCAGCCGAAUGGUCGGAGUCUAAAAGAAUUUACUGACAUGUUGUUUCCUGAUUGUGUUGCUUCGACUGAACCUUCCAACACAGUCUUUUUUUAUGAGCUCAAUUUCGACAAGACAGAGUUGGCAAGUAUUUCCAUUGAUUUGGUUUCCCGGUUGAAUCGAGACCAGCGCGUUGCGUUCGACACAAUAGCAAAUGCAGUUAGUCGUGGCGCUGGUGGUUUUUUCUUUGGUUGUGGAUACGGUGGAACUGGUAAGACUUUUCUAUGGAAUACACUGUCUACUUCAAUAAGGUCGAAGGGUGAUAUUGUUCUCAACGUGGCAUCCAGUGGCAAUGCAGUGCUGUUGUUGCCUAAUGGGCGAACUGCUCAUUCACGCUUUAAGGUUCCACUCAGUGUUAACCAGGACUCUAUUUGUAAUAUAAGGCAAGACACACCCCUCGCGCGUCUUAUUUCAUCUGCAAAAUUAAUUAUAUGGGAUGAGGCACCUAUGUUAAAUAAAUUUUGCUUUGAAGCGCUCGACAAGUGCCUUAAGGAUGUUCUUCGUUUUGAUCGUGGAUAUAAUCCUGAUGCUCCAUUUGGUGGAAAAAUUGUUGUUAUGGGAGGUGAUUUCCGUCAGAUAUUGCCUUUAACUGAAAACAUGAGGCUGUGCCGUGAUAUGCGAGAUAUCCACGGUGUACAAUUAGGGGAAUUUGCUGAAUGGUUGCUUCAAAUUGGUGACGGCCUGGAUUAUUUUAAGGGUAGGAGUAUAUUAGCACCAACACUUGAUGUUGUAACUAAAGUAAACAAUCAUGUGAUGUCUUUGAUCCCUGGCAAUGAGAGGGUUUACUUGAGCUCUGAUACACUAAUUAAUGAAGAUGGUCACCUGGAAUUUGAAUUAUACACAAUGUGCACGGAGUCAUUGAAUGCGUUGAAUUGUUCAGGAAUUCCCCAACACCUGUUAGUUCUUAAAAUCAGUGUUCCUGUGAUGCUUCUUCGCAAUAUUGACCAAUCCAAUGGACUAUGCAACGGUACGCGAAUGCAGAUUAGACGUCUUGGCGACCACAUCAUUGAGUGCAUCAUAUUAGCAGGUUGUAAUACUGGUGAGGUUGUCUUUAUUCCCAGGAUGAACAUGUCCCCUAAUAAUGAUACAUUACCGAUCAGGUUUACUCGACGACAGUUUUCGGUUGCGCUUUGUUUUGCGAUGACCAUAAACAAGUCCCAAGGUCAAACGCUGUCAACCGUUGGCGUGUAUCUUCCAAGGCCUGUGUUUACACAUGGUCAACUUUAUGUUGCGCUCUUUCGGGUUAGCAUGCAUUUUGGACUGAAAAUAUUAUCUGUUGGUUCUAACAGCAUAGUUUCAGAUCAUACUAUUAAUGUUGUCUAUAGAGAAGUUUUUGCUGGCUUGCUACCUGACAUUCUGCCUUGA